ACGGGAGUUGAAACGUAUUUAUUGCCUUUCAGAUUCAAUUCAGAUUCACAUCACUAUAAGGCAUACUUCUUUUUCGGUCUUCUUUUAUUUAUUAUCAUGCCUACCCAGGUACCAUACCUUUCCUGAAAAGGUGAUCCAACAUUGAUAAUCUCAAUGUUUCUCAACUUGUCUUAUCCUUCAUCUCGAUUAUUUUCUCCAUAUUCUGCUACCUCUCUGUAGGAGAGGAUUGGUAAAAUAUCCGGAUACGCAACUGAUAAUCAUCCUCUCCGCGAGCUUUUGUGAUCUGAAUGCAUAUACGUCCCGAUGGAGAAGGGCGCGCUCAGUCAUCCGCAUAAUGUCAUCUGAGGAUACCAUUUCCCUUGGGGAUCAAGUACGCUUCGAUGACAAUGUCUCUGGCGCAGAAUCCAGCAAGUCCACUCAAAGAAACCCUCGGAAUGAUGCAGCCACUGGCGCUUCGGCAGCUGGUGUUCGUGCAGUCAGUGCGCAGAUGGUUGCUUUCUACUUCAGAGCUCCCGUGAAGGCCUUUUUUCGCACUCGGGUUGAUUAUAUGGCAUUCGCAAGAGCUGUCAACCCUCAUUCCGCUGAAAAGCGUUGGUCAUUACAUACAACGACUCCUGGUCUUCUCGUCCAUGCCGUUCGUACUUAUGGUUGGCGGUUCAUCCCCAAUCAGCUUUUACCACCUAUGUUGGCAAAUGCAGGCAUUGGCGCUGUCCUGUAUACGUCGUAUCUACAGGCCCUUGGCAUCCUAUAUGAACCCGUUUCCCGAAGUGUCAAGCGUAUAUACCCUCCUGCAUCUCCUGUUGAUACAUUUGCAGCUGGCUUUGCCGCUGGUGCGGUACAGUCAGUUGUAGCUGCGCCUCUAGAUGCUGUUCAGGUUCGAUUACGAACGAAUGACAUGCUCCAUGGCCAGUACCGCAGCAUGUGGCACUAUGGGCAGAACAAACUCAAAGAAAUUGGUCUUCGCGGCAUUUUCGCAGGCUGGAGCCUGUCUCUUCUGCGCGACUCAUUUGGAUACGCUGUUUUCUUCAGUACUUUCGAGUACAUAAAGUCGCAAGCAUAUUAUUCUUUCAUUACAAGAUAUUACGGGUCACUUCGCAGCCAUCAGCUGGACGGUCUGCGAGACCCUCAAUCAAGUGACCGUGGGGUCCCGCUCAUCAAACCUCACUAUAGCUUAGAGCCAUGCUUCCUGAUGUUAGCCGGUGUAGCAGCGUCAAUUGCGCAGCAGGCCGUACAGCAUCCGCUGAGUGCUAUCCAGAAUAUUCAUUAUUCUCGACUAGAAUAUCUUGAUCAUCAGGCUAACCUGAUCUCCACGAAAGGGCAGAUGAUGCAAGUCUAUUAUUCCGCUUAUCGAGAAACAUUCAAACGCUGCAGGAGGAGAGCAGCACGUGCUGGUGGUUGGCGUAAAUGGUUAUUUCAGGGGUUUGUAGGAAAUGCUCUUCGCCAAGUGCCUAGCACUAGUACUGGGCUUGUGAUAUUCGAACUUGUGCGUCGCAAAUAUGCUAAUUUGGCUGACGCCAUCUACAUUCAGAAAGACGGCUACGACAUUCUUCUGACUUGA